GAGCCUGCGCAAUGGAAUAAAGUCCUCAAUAUUGAAAUGUGACAUUGCUCUCAACAUCUCACAUCUCUCUGGAUUUCUUUUUUCUCAUCAUUACUGCUAACAAAUUCAUUUCCAGACUUUGCACUUUUAAGAAGCAAUGGAAAAAAUCAACAGUCUUUCAACACAAUUAGUUAAGUGCUGCUUUUGUGAUUUCUUGAAGGUGAAGAUGCACACUGUGUCCUACAUUCAUUUCUUCUACCUUGGCCUGUGUUUGCUUACCUUAACCAGUUCUGCUGCUGCUGGCCCAGAAACACUCUGUGGUGCUGAGCUGGUUGAUGCUCUUCAGUUCGUGUGUGGAGACAGAGGCUUUUACUUCAGUAAGCCUACAGGGUAUGGAUCCAGCAGUAGACGCUUACACCACAAGGGAAUAGUGGAUGAAUGCUGCUUCCAGAGUUGUGACCUGAGAAGGCUGGAGAUGUACUGUGCUCCAAUAAAGCCACCUAAAUCUGCACGCUCUGUACGUGCUCAGCGCCACACUGAUAUGCCAAAAGCACAAAAGGAAGUGCAUUUGAAGAAUACAAGUAGAGGGAACACAGGAAACAGAAACUACAGAAUGUAAGACCAUGCCAUCCACAAGAAUGAAGAAUGAAUGUGCCAUCUGCAGGAUACUUUACUGUAAAUAAAUUAUUUGUUAAACAUUGGAAGACUUAAAAAAAAAAAAACCCAAACCAACCUAUGGUUUAAUAAGCUUGAUGAAAUCUCAACCAAUGGGCAUUCUCCCACUGAACAAUGCAACUAAACAUUCCAACAUUAAGUCUUUAGAGGACAGAACAUUUUAACCAGCCCAGAGCUAAAAAAUUCUGUGGUUGAUAUAUUACUGUUUGUUAACCUCUUUUAAAUGUCCUGCACAAAUCUCUUAGCGUCCUGUGCCCCUCAAAAGCCUACAAAUUUAUGGGCCUUUGACGGAUCAAAUUGCACUAAAUUAAUCUAUGAACACUGGCUGCUGGAAUCGUUCAUCAGCCUUGUCUAAGUGGUGUUUUUUUAUUUGCACUUCUAUAUAAGCAACAGGCUGUUUGUUUUACAGUGUCUGAUAACAUUGUUUGUCUACCCCUUCACAAUUGCACAGUUCGACAUUCCCAGUAACAGCAGCAGUAAGGUAAUACAUACAAUUAUAAACAUCCAUUAAUUCCAUCUGUGGCAUUUUGACAGAACAUGGGUUAUAGAUGCAUUUGUUUUAGGGCAGUUUUAUUUUUCCUUCUCUUACAAAGAUGCUGUUUAUCGCAGUUUGAGAGACAAAAGUUUCUUUAAAAGCAGUUAAAACAUACAUAGGCUCUCAAGCCAUUAAUGAUUCUUCCAGGUAAUUAUUUUGCAGCAGUAUAGGUAACUUCUUUCUUCCUCCAUAUAAUGCAGUAUGUAAAAUUUAGCAUAUCAGUAAUACACAUAUAUCAAACAGUAUGUAAAAAUCUCUGUUUUAUAGUACAAUGGUGCUAUUUUAUAGUUUGUUACAUGAAAGGGUCUGGCCAAAACAGUAAUAGGUAAAAGCAAAAUACCAAAAGACCAAGCCAAAGAUCAAAAAAACAAUGUAGUUUUAAAAAUAUUCAAUUUAUGUGAACUAAAACAGCUUCAGAUUCCAACAUGGAAACAACUUCUACAUUUUUAAAAGAGACUUCAGAUACUUGUUUCCUUUUGGAUGUUUGAAUGGUAGUGUUUUCACUUGCAGUUACAUGGUACACAUAGACCUCUCCUAGGUCUGGAGAAGACAAUUUGAAUAGCCUUCAAGUUACUUCAAGGUCUAAAUCUUUCUGAAAUGUUAGCAUCCUAUUUAAACUUAGCAGAGGAUUAAUCCAGUUAUUUACCAUUUUAAUUCCUUAGGCUGCUGCAUCUCUAAGUCAGAAAAAUUAAUCACCAAAGUACAGUGUAGAAACAGACAUCAAGAAGAGAGAAGCCACAAUGUCCUUCAUGCACUCUUGUGGCAUGUGUGUUUCUGGAUAAUUUCUGCUAGGUAACCUUGAUAGGUACAGCCCUGAUUCUGCCUUGAAUAAUACUGUGUCCUAUACUCCAUCUCUGUGAAUCAACUCAGUGCAAGAUUGGCCAUGCAGUAAAAAAGGGAUAAAUAGGCAACUGUGUCCCAAGGUGAGCAAUAAACUCUGUAGCAGAAGACUUAGAAUGCUCUGUUUCACCUUGUUCAGAACUGCCACACAAUUCCCAUUGUAUUCUUCCUCUCAUCAGCCUGCAGGGACCAAAUCAGACAAGGGAUGAAGCUGCUGCCCAAAGAGGGCAGUGACAAUAGUAUAUGAAGGGAGCCAUUAGGGUGGUGUUCAACUAAAUCUGUAAAGGCAGUAUCUCUUUGUAAAGUUUCCUAUCUGCUUUACUUGGUACUAAAUCCAGGGGAGUAGAUGACUGAAGUAUUGAUUAAAAUACAAAAGGAUCUCUGCAGACCAAGUUAUUGUACAUAUCCCCAGUAGUUUCUUGUGAAAGAGGUAGCAAAGGUAGAUUCAUAAAAGUCUAAUAAAUCAUUCUAAAGCCUUUUUUAUUCCCAUCUAAAAUGUGAAUUUUGUAUUUUUUCCAAGGAAAGUGCAACACAUUCCUAUGCAAUUCUCUAAACCCUCUGCUUUCUAUGAGAUGAGUGUUUAUAUGCAUGAGGCUCCCAUUACAACAUAAAAGUAGAACAGUAAAUGAAUUCAUAGAAUAUGUCACAGUUAUCACUGACUGAGAUAUUUAUCUUGAACAAGGAAGAAAAGACAGAGAAAUAGAUGGGGAAAUUGUCUGAAAUUAUUUAUCACUGAUUCAAUAAAUAGAUAUAGUUUUUCUGGUUUCUAUUUUCUCUCCCAAAACCAGGCCUAUAGGAGUUGUGAUAAAGAAGAAACUAUAUUUAAUUCAGUGGCUGUUAAGAAUUCUGAAAUGCAUCCUAACAAUAAGCCAUUAUUCUGAUGUCAUAGACAUCACACAUAUUUACAUCUUGUGUUUUGUGACUAUUUCUAUCCCCUUCCUCCUCUGAAGUUCUAAGGAGAGGAGGGGAGUGCCAAAAGCAAUUUGCAGAACUCUGUGCUGGCAAGUUGCAUUUUACUGAUGCACUGGUAAUGCCUGUAUAGCCACAUAUCAUUGCACUAUUUAAUUCCCAUAAUUAAUUAUAAUUUUGGUCUCAUCUUGAGGUUCAUGCACUCACAAUUAUGCCACAAUAUCUCUCCUAUUGGAAAAUCAUAAUUAGAAAAUGUGACUCAUAGCAGUAUCUAAAAUUGGAAUCUGACAACAGUCUGAACAAGUUAGAACAGUUCUUGAAAUAGUCUUCAUUAUUUAUUGCAGUAAAUAUUAAAUUGCUACAACCUUCACAGGAAACAUUUUGCUUUACUGGAGAAUAAAUGUAUCACCAAGCAGAGAGUUGUUCCACCACUGCAGAAGUAAGAAAUGCAUAAGAAGUCUGCAGUUACAUGGCAAGGGAGAAUAUGAUGUUCCACCACAUGAUGGAACAUCACAGAUGUUUACAUUAUAGAGUGGACAUGAAAUUCCCAUUAUUACAUAGGAUGUCAUAGAAAUACAGAAGUAAAGAGUGAAUUAAGCCUCAUUAUUUUCAGCUAGUUCAAAAAGGACUGCAGACCAAAGUCUACUGAUGUUAAUAUAUCACUUUAAUCAAGGUAGCAAAAUUUGAGGCUUAUCUCCAUAGUAGCCAUAAUUAAACAUUAAUAUUUCAAAAUGAAUAGAUUAUACAUUCUGAUAAAAAUAUACUUACACACCUACACUUACAUUUGUGUGAAAGACUUCCAUGAGCCUCUUUUGCACCAUUCAGUCAAGAGAGAAAACAAAACCAAAUAAUGGGAUAUCGCAUUUAGCCCUUGCAGAUACAUUUCAACGGGCACCUUUUACCCAAGGCACAGUACAGUGUCAGUUCCUUUUUUGAGAUUCAAGGAUAAAUUAGUGGUAGGCUGUCUUUACAGCAGUGAAUUCCAUCCACAACUAGCAGCUAUGGUGAGUUUCCCCAUGAGAAAAAGUGUAUGCAGAUUUGCUUUACCUGUUACUGAUUUGGCCAACAAUGCCAAAGUGGUGCUAUUGUUUUGUUUAAGAAAGUACUUGACUAAAAUAUAAAAGAAAGCAUAGAUUUUUUUUUUAAUGUAUGAAAAUGACAAUUAUAUAGGUAUGAUUAUUAAAAUAGAAACUAGCCAUAACUUUUCAACUUUUUGUCACACAGUAAUAGAAAAGGGAAAAAAAUAAUCUUAACUAAAUGGAGAUGGGGCAGGAACAAGAGUUAAAAUGCCACAAAGCUUCAGAGGCUUGAAAUGUGAUUCUGAAUCUUUGCUCCAAGUCAGAAAUAUACAUGAAGAAAAUCAUUUAAAGUCAGGGAACAAUGGGUAUGACUGUUCAGAUUAAUGUGAGUCCUGGAUCAUACCAAAGAUUUUUAAGCCACACUCUAUCCUGAACUCAGCAUAGUUUGGCUUAAAGUCGGUAGCGCAGUAUGAUCAAGAUUUUCAUCUGAUUACCUUCUCACUGAUGUCAUGCCCCUGAAAGUAAAUAUUCUUUAAAACAGGAAAAAAAAAGGCAUCUGAUUUUAAGAAAGAAUGAAAAAGGUAUAUAUUCCUCACAUGAAACUUAUAUUCCUCACAUGAAACUUAUAUUCCUCACAUGAAACUUACAUUCCUCACUUGAAACUGAUGCUACUUUAAAUUGUGAGAAGUUUCAAAUGGUGAGAAAAAGUUGAAACCUAUGGCUAACAGUCUGUGAAAUGUUUGUUGUUUUGUUUUGUUUUGUUUUUUAAUGUGGUCACUAUGAACAACCUAAUGUGCAAAACUUCACAUUUCAUUGUUUCGCUUUGAAAUGAUGAUGAAUUAAGCCCAAAUAGAGAUUCGUGGAACCUAUAGGCUAGAAGGAAUACUUCUGAUGAAGGUAUAAUCAAUAUAUUUAAAAUGUUUUAUUUUUAGUCUGAAAAGGAAUAGUAAUAAUUUAUUUGGGGACUCAAUUUCUACUAGUCUCUUUUCUAAGGCUGCAGUCCAGUGAAAACAAAUCCUCCAAAACCCAAACUUCUAUUAAAAAUCAACAUUCAUUCCUCCCUCCCUCUUCCUCCAGCAAGCCUAGUUAAAACACUAGUGUAACAUGUUAUUGUUUAUCUGUCUGAGGGGAUGUCUUCUUUAAAUUCACAUUGUUUUAAUUUGGGGAUGUAGGUUUAAGGAAGAGGAGAAGAGGCUUUCAAGUCAUGCAAAUGUUUUCCUAUUGGGCAUAAUUCACAAAACAAAUAAAGCAUUCAUCUUAAUGAGAUCACUAAUUAUCCAAUUCAUGCAUGCAAGUAGCAUUAAAUCACACAAACAAAUUAAAGUUGUCUUGAAAGAAGGAAAAAAAAAUAUUAACAGAAAGGUUUUACUCACUCUAAUCCUAGACUAUAUAUUUUGCUUCUCACAGCAUUGGAAUAUUCUGCUGGAUUGUAACUGUCCAAACACACAGUACCUGAUAUAGAGGAAUCUUUGAUUUUUUUACAUGAAGGGUAUUAUGGGAAUAUCUGAAACUUGAUUACAUGUAGUACAGCAUAGAGAUAUCAGCCUAGCAGAGACCAGAACAAGAAGGACCUCUCUGAUGCUUACAUUAGGAAAUCUUAUAAUGUUGCAUAAAGGCUGCAUGUAUGUGUAUAUAUACCUAUAUAUACACAUAGGUAUGUGUAUGUGUGUAUAUAUAAUGUUAUAAUGUAUGUGCAUGUGUGUCUACACAUGUGUAUUAUGCUUGUCUUUUUUCUCUCAAGUAAAAUUUUAACAUCUUGCUUUUUACACAUUAUUUCUCAUGGAUUAUAUUCAGUAAUCCAAUUGAAAUCUACUUUUAGAGGAACAUUGUAUAAUAUGGGUGCCACAAGUUAGGUCUAAUCUUUGUCUUUCACACACUGAAAACCGACCAGAUUUAAACAUCAUAUGACACUUUGUUAUCAUGAAGCAAACCUACUUUAUAAGUACAGCUAUAAAACACUAAGGGCUUUAUUAUGAAAACAUUGAUUUCAGAAUUUUCUUCUAUUGCAUUCUUCUGCAGAUAUCUUCUUCUAAGUGAGAUUUUUUUAAGUGUAAGCAUCCCUUCAGAGUAAGAAUAAUGGGUAACAGAGAGCAAUGAAAACUUCUCUCAUUUAAUAAUAGCAUCUUACCAAUUCCAUGGUCUUUUGUAAAAAUAAUUCAUGCCUCUCCACAGUACUCUUAACCAUUUCAGAGGUGGAAAAGACAAAGCACUGUAAAUUCCUAUAUCUCAAAUUAUUUAUUUUUUUAUUUUGCUGUGAUAUUCAGUAACUUUUUGUUUUGCCAGCUUGGCUCACAAAAUUCAUAGAAAGCAUCAACAUGAUACUUCUGCUGCUAAACAUUCUUUCCUACUAAAGUAUUUAACAUCCUUACACCCACCUACAAUACUCACAUAUUCACACCUAAUUGAAUCUCUUAAGAAACAGCACACAUAGUCAGGAGACUUUUUCCCCCUCCCCACGUUUUAAAGCUAUUAACCAUUUUUAACUAUAGCAAACACAUUCCAUCUUACUGUACUCUACAUCCAUUAGUGUAGUCUCAUUCCUCUAAAGCAAUGACAAAAUAUCUGCACAAUGAAAAGGACUCUGUCUCGAGGAUCAUGCUCUGUGUAUUUGUUUUCAAUAAAAAGGGUUAACCAGAUAAUUAUAUUUACAACUGAUUCAAUGAAAUUUGUAUUUUGUAGUGAAAUAUUUAACUUUGUAAAUUUUAGAUUCAAGUGAAUAUUUCACUCUUCCUUGUUUACUGGCAUUAAUCUGCUAAUGGUAUGAAAAAGCCUACUGUAACAAUGACCAAACACAAAGAAACCAAGACCAAGGAAAGAGUUACAAUGUCCUUAUUUUGUGCACAGGAAUAAACUGUUGGGGUUUGGUUUUGUUUUCAAAGAUCAUAAUUAUAAAUCAAAUUAAUAUUAAUACUGCAUAAGAAUUAGAAUUCUCUGUAUAAUUUCCACUUAGAGACAGGUUUGAAUAUAAGAAAGCACAUGCAAGUCACACUGCAUGAUACAGUAUAUAAAUCAUACCUUUUAAUUUCUUACCUUUUCUGAGGAAUUAGUUCAAUUUAAUUCUAUAGAAAUCCUGUGCAAGAUUAAUUAAAAAAAAAAAAAAGUUUAAAAUGUAUACUGAUAGUAGUUGCCUGAUUAAACUAAGUCCUGUCAUAAAACGUGAGUCAUAAAACCCUCACUGAAAGCUUACUAAUUAAUCAUUCAAAGUGAUAAAGUUCUGAACAGCUUCACCUGUAGUCUAUCCACAUCGCUUUAUCAGAAUUUGUGGUUCUGUUUUAUACUUUCUUAACCCUUGGAGUCUUUAGGUUGAAUAUUAGAAAUGUUCAUCAAGCCUCGAGAUUCUAGGAAACAAAGUUAAAGUAGAAGCAGCAGCAGCAUCCGUUGCUGAUAAUCAAAUGACAAAUGAGCUUUCGCUCCUCCCAAACUAUCUGCAAAACCACCCAGAAGUGCUGAAGGAAGAGAUCGAUAGCACUUGGUGUUCCAAAGGACAGACUUUCCAAUAGGAAUAUUAAUUAUCCUUCUUCUCUUCGCUGUUGAAAUUCAGUUGGUAUCCUGACUAAAACUGGUGUUUCCACAAUGCAAGUAUGAAUAUGGAUACAUGAAUUUCUGAUUUCACUACUGAAUAAUGCUACUAUUCGCAUUUCAAGUCAUUAUAACCAAACAGUGAACACGUGUCAAAUGCUCAAUCACUAAAAACCAUUUAAAGUCUCUAUUAAAGUUCUAACUGGAUUUAUUAUUUUCUCUUUUUUUUUUUAAACUUUUCUUGUGCUUACUCAUAAUACAAUGUCACUACUUGAUGACAAAUAAUAUUUCAUACUGUGUAUGUAACAUCAUUGUGUUGCAGAAUCCCCCAAAUACCUCAACAAUGUCUUUGUUGCGCUAUUUCCCCCAUUUAGCACUUAUAAGCUUUUUUAGUAACAACCAAUAAAACAAAAAAUGGAGCUCUUAAUAUGUACAAAUAUUGAAAAAAAAAUCAAGAAUUUUUGCUAGUUUGCAGUUCAUGUAAUGCUGUCUUGACCAUUCUUUCCCCCUCUCUCUCCAAGCUGUCUAGAACGGUAAAGUUUGCUCCAUAAAUAAUAGUGUAUUCAUGCUUUUAAAGGCUUUUAUAUGCAUUUACAGUAGGUAAAGGUUGGAAAAGGUAGUGGACUGAUUUUCACUUUUAUCUACUUUGAUUUCAGUAAAGGGCUUUGUCACUCUGUAUAUGUAAAGGCUAAUGCACCCUUUGGUUUGUAGAAUGUACUGAAAUGUUUGCAGCCCUCUUGGUAUCAGGUCCAAAAUGUGAAGCAUUACUGUUAAGAGGGUAUCUUUCUAAUGUAUUUGUAUGUAUAGUUUACACCUCUGUGAGGUCUAAUAAAGGAUUAUGGUUAAUAAAAAAAA